CCAACGGGUACUAGCUUUCCGCAUCUCCGCAGCAAGCCGCCGUCGGAUUCCGCCAGACAUUAUAUAUCCGUUCGUACUGCUCCUUAGCUCACGAGCGUAACUAGAGACAUCCUGACCUACUGGUUCUCAGUGUCUUCUUGAAAUCUCACGAAGAGACUGACGCCUGGCUUGAUCAGUAGCCACUCUUAACCGCAGCUGUAGUGCUUUCUGCGCGUCUAACCCCGCUGGGCUCUCAAUUCACCAUGCCUUCACAAGUUGCUACGUGUCUGCGCCUUGCGCGGCAAUUUUCUGCAGAUCCGAGCAAGCAUCAACGAUUCCUUGCGCGUGCAUUCUCCAGCAGCGUCCGUCGCUCCGAGAUCAACAAGGUUGUAUCGUCUGCGGAUUUAGCAAUCAAGGACUUGAAGUCCAACUCAACCGUUCUGGCAGGUGGUUUCGGUCUUUCUGGUGUACCAGAUACUCUCAUCAAUGCUGUGCGAGCAAACCCUUCGAUCACCGGGUUGACGGUGGUCAGCAACAACGCCGGUGUGGAUGGAGCGGGUCUUGGCCUUCUUCUCGAAUCCAAGCAGAUCUCGAAGAUGAUUGCCAGCUAUGUGGGCGAGAACAAGACCUUCGAGCGCAUGUACCUAACGGGCGAGAUUGAGUUAGAGUUGACACCACAGGGCACCUUGGCUGAGCGUUGUCGGUCGGGCGGUCAUGGAAUCCCUGCUUUCUACACACCUGCCGCUUUUGGUACGGUUGUGCAGACAGGUGAGCUGCCUUUGAAGCACAAUGCUGAUGGCACCGUCGCUCUGCGGAGCCAGCCCCGCGAUGUCAAGGUCUUUGAUGGCAAGAGCUAUGUCAUGGAGGAGUCUAUCAAGGGUGACUAUGCCUUUGUUAAGGCUUACAAAGCCGAUAAGCUGGGCAACUGCCAGUUCCGCUAUGCUGCUCAGAACUUCAACGGAGCCAUGGGUCGCAAUGCUAAGGUGACAAUCGUUGAGGCGGAGCACAUCGUCGAGCCCGGUGAGAUUGAGCCGGCUGCUAUUCAUCUGCCCGGUAUCUACGUCAAGCGUGUUAUUCAGAGCACGACACCGAAGGGUAUCGAGAAGUACACCUUUGCCAAGGAGGAGGGUGAAGACACUGCUGCCCUGGGCAAGGGUGAAACCGCCGCGAAGCGUGAACGUAUUGUCCGCCGUGCGGCUAAGGAGUUCAAGAACGGGAUGUACGCAAACCUGGGUAUUGGUAUGCCCAUGCUGGCGCCCAACUUCGUCGAUCCUUCCGUGGAAGUCCAGCUCCAGUCUGAAAACGGUAUUCUGGGAUUGGGCCCCUAUCCUAAGAAGGGCCAGGAAGACCCGGAUCUUAUCAAUGCCGGAAAAGAGACGGUUACGCUUGCGCCCGGUGCGGCUUGCUUUGGCAGUGACGAGUCCUUCGGCAUGAUCCGUUCAGGAAGAAUCGAUUUGACUAUUCUGGGCGCCAUGCAGGUGAGCGCCAGAGGUGACUUGGCUAACUGGAUGUUGCCCGGUAAGAUCAAGGGCUUUGGCGGUGCUAUGGAUCUAGUCUCCAACCCCUCCGCUACAAAGGUGGUUGUGACUAUGGAGCACACUGACAAGAAGGGCAACCCUAAGAUCGUCAAGCAGUGCGAGUUCCCAUUGACUGGCAAGACUUGUGUCAGCCGUAUCAUCACUGAACUCUGUGUCUUUGAUGUUGACUUCACUGACGGUCUUACCCUGGUUGAGCUUGCCGACGGUGUCACUGUUGAUGAAGUCCGGAGCAAGACAGAAGCUCCGUUCAAGGUUGCUGAUGAUGUGAAGCCCAUGCUGUAAUUGUGUCCUUUUUUCCUCUUUUUGUUUGCAUGUCUGGAUGUCACCAAUUCGCAGAAUUAUGGGAUUUAUAAGCGUAUAGUUUGUGAAAUCAUGUCGGGUACGGGAACUGUUGUAUAUACCAAUUCUUUCAGAAAACAGUUCAUAUUAUUCAAAA